AUGUCGCUAACUUCACCAACAGCAAUAUGUCGCUUCGCCGAACCCAUCGCGCUCACCUCAGUCUUCCCAUACCUCCCCGAAAUGAUGGAGUCCUUUGGCAUCCCCGAGAACGACAUUGCUCGCUGGGCAGGAGCUGCUUCGGCCAUCUUUUCUAUAUGCCAAGCCUCCACCGGCCUGCUCUGGGGGGCAGCUUCAGACAAAUAUGGACGAAAACCGAUAGUACUACUGGGUCUGUUCAAUACUAUGUGGACCAUGCUUUUGUGGGGUUUCAGUACAAAUCUACCAAUGGCAUUGAUUGCGCGUGCGCUUGAAGGUCUCGGCAAUGGCAACGUUGGUCUGCUUCGGACCAUGGUCGCUGAGCUAUGCCCGUGGAAAGAAUUGCAACCGCGUGCCUUCUCUGUCAUGCCUCUGGUGUACACGAUUGGCGCCGUGAUCGGUCCCACAUUUGGAGGAGCCUUGUCGAACCCUCUCCACGUAGAUCCACGAAAGCCACGAGGAGACGCUUUGCUUGAGCGCUUCCCAUACCUUCUUCCGAAUCUAGCGGCUGCUGUCAUCUUUGCUAUUGGGAUUUUGGUUGGCUGGCUGUUCCUCGAAGAAACCUUGGCAAGCAAAAAGCAUCAUCAAGACCUCGGACUGAGGACCGGCGCCAGACUCACUGCCUUCUUUCGCAAAACGUUUCGCCCAGUUGCAGCAAACGAUAAUGCUACCGAAGAACGCGAGCCUCUCAUGGGUCGGCAGAAGGCGACCCCAGAGACAGUAGCCACUGAAGGUGUUGCUUCUGAGAUCAUCAAGGAGGGCUCACCAAGGAUUCGAGACGUCCUGACUUAUCAGACAACUCUCAACUUGGUAGUAUACGCUCUUCUCGCAUUCUACACACUUGCUUAUGACCAGUCACGCGAUGAUCCAAAUGUCCAACUUCCGUUGAAGUUUGCAGGCGGCUUUGGUAUCGACUCGAGACGUAUUGGUGCUAUAUUCACAAUAUUUGCCGUCGCUUCAGUCACCUGGCAAUUUGUGCUCUUCCCACCAGUCGCUCGCUACCUUGGCGUCUUACGUUGCCUUCGGAUUGCGUUCUCCAUUUUUCCAUUCGUGUAUUUUGUUACGCCCUUUGUCACGCUCAUAUCUGACCCCAUCACCAAACAGGUCGUCAUGACUGCGUUGCUAAUGGUCCGCGGUAUUGGUGGAACUUUUGCCUUUCCUACCUCAACCAUCAUGAUCACAAAUAGCGCAUCGAGUCUGCGCGUACUUGGCACAAUCAAUGGUGUUGCGACAAGCAUUUCGGCAGUGGGUCGAGCUGCCGGUCCUGCCGUUGGUGGUGGCUUGUUCACCUUCGGCGUGAAGCGCGGGUAUAUCAUCGUGCCAUUCUGGACAUUGUCUGCGGUCGCACUCCUUACAUGUAUACCCACCUACUAUCUCGUGGAAGGAAAAGGAUUCGGAGACGAUGCCGAAUCGAAGGUCGAAGAAGCAAUUGAGCCAAGGAUAAUUCGCGACGAGGAGCAACCACCAACACGCCAAGACCAGUUCAGUGACUACGACGCAGCGCAGUCAGAGUCGGAUUUCGGCGAACCCGCAAACCUCCUGACUCUAACGAGUACACGAUCGAGUGCUGCUAUGUUGUCUGAUGACGAUGCAGACGACGAUGAGGACGGUCAUGGUAGAUGGAGACAAGGCUCAAAUGGAUUAACGACUGCCAGGAGCCAUUCUCAAGUGGGUCGAAGACAUGUUGUAAAGAGACAAUCCUCUGUACCGAUCGGCAUGGGUGUCGGCUUCAGGCGCUACAGUUCGAAUCUCGGGACUUCUGGCAUUGGAGCCAACGGGACUAGCUGGGGAGGGACGUAACAAGUUAUCGACACUGUAAACGCCAUUUAAAUCGGGCGAUGCUACCGCGUUCUCUGUUCAGAAACGUUACGAUUUCGACUUUCUGUCUGCGUAUGUUCAAAAGUUUUACUGGUGCGAGCGGAGGAGUUUUAAUGAGAACAUACGCGCUGCAUAAUGAAUGCCAGCGUUAGAGUGCUUAUGCUUUCUAGAAAAUGGCCUGCUAUAUACAAAACUUAUUCUCAAAAGUAU